AAAGGACUUCGCUAAAAAAAAUGAAUAUAUUCCAAUUCAUUUGUGUGGUAGUGCUGUGUGUCGCAGUUGAUGUGUGUCGAAGUAUGGAAUGGUAUGAUAAUAGUGUUAUCUAUCACAUAUACCCACGUUCAUUCAAAGACAGCAAUGGUGACGGCAUCGGAGAUAUACGGGGAAUUAUUGAAGAGUUAGAUUAUUUGAAAGAAUUGGGAGUUGAUGCAGCAUGGCUUUCACCAACUUUCAAGAGUCCAAUGGCUGAUUUCGGUUAUGAUAUUGAAAAUUACUAUGAAAUUGAUCCGGUGUUCGGUACAAUGAAAGAUAUGGAAGAUCUAUUCCGAGAAGCGAAAAAAAGAAAUCUAAAAAUUAUUUUGGAUUUUGUGCCAAAUCAUACGUCAGAAAAAUGCGAUUGGUUUAAAAAGUCAGUUAAACGCGAAGGAAAAUACACGGACUACUACAUUUGGGCCGAUGGUAAGAAUAAUAACACAGAGCCCCCAAAUAACUGGGUAUCGCGUUUCUACGGCCAUGCUUGGAAAUUUAACAAAGAGCGUAACCAAUGGUAUUAUCAUGUAUUUGCCAAAGAACAACCCGAUUUGAAUCUACGCAAUCCAUUGGUGAUCAAAGAAUUAACCGAUGUUUUAGAAUUUUGGAUGAAAAAGGGUGCCAAUGGUUUUCGUAUGGAUGCGGUUGAUCGUUGGUAUGAAUCUGAACAUUUACUUGAUGAGCCUCUGAGUAAAUUGACCAACGACUCAAAUUUAUACGAUUAUACUGUGCACAUUUAUACAAGAUAUUUGCCCGAAGUAUAUGAUUUACUUUACAAAUUCCGCGAUGUUGCCGAAGAGUUUGAAAAGAAAAUGAAAAGUGAAAAAGUUCUCCUAAUGACAGAAGCGCUGGUCAAAGAACAUGAUUUUCCAAAAUUAUAUGGAAAUAGUAAUAGAAAGGGCGCACAAAUGCCAAUAAACUUUCUUUUACUUCGACACAUGGACCGAGACUCAUCGGCACAUCAUGUCAAAAAAAUUAUCGACGAUAAAAUUGCAAGUACGCCAGUAGGCGCCCGCAUCAAUUGGCACAUGAAUAAUCACGAUAAUCCACGCUCGGGAUCAACUUAUGGCGAACGAAGACUUGAUAGCUUUAUCGCAUUGUUAUUAACACUUCCAGGGAAUGUCGUCACAUAUUAUGGCGAAGAAAUCGGCAUGUCAGACGAUCGAACUAUUCCAUAUUCAGAAACGCUAGAUCCCUUAGUAACUCUUUUCGAUCCAACACAAAAUUGGAUAGCACGAUCACGCGAUGCAGCACGAACACCAAUGCAGUGGGAUGGAUCGAAACGAUUUGCUGGAUUUAUGCCUACAAAUGGAAGCAGCAAACCAUGGUUACCAGUUAAUAAGAAUUAUAAAAAGUUAAAUGUUGUCAGACAACGAAAACUUGUGCGUAGUACAUUAAAUUUCUACAAAAAGUUGGUGCAACUUCGUAAAAGACCAGCAUUUGCAUCUGGAACAUUUACUUCCAUCGUCAUAAAUGAUAGUGUAUUCGCUUAUGUCAGAGAACUUCCAGGACAGGACACUUAUUGGGUGCUAAUCAAUUUCGAUGAAAACGAAGAGCAAAUUGAUAUGAGUAGAAAGAGGGAACUAGGCAAAAAUAUGCCAAAACUAUUUAAACUGGUGGCUGUGAACCCCGAUUCACAAUAUACCAAAGGUCAAAUAGUGAAAGCUGACGAAAUUGUUAUAAGAAAAUACGAUGCCAUUAUUUUGAAAUCAGCGGAUAAGAAAGUGAAUCAAGAAAGAGGAAUGUAAAGAGAGAAUUGU